UGGCUUAUUGAUAGUAUCGUCUACGUAGGUCCUGAACUGUAAUAGUAACUUAGGCAAAAAACGUAUGUCAAAAGCGUAUGAUGAGGAUAUGCAUUUGUUUGUUUUAAAACAAAAUGGAGAAACCAGAUAGAGUUGAUGUCACAGCCGAAAGAAAGAGUACCGUAAAACUUGACACCCUCCUUGAAAUAGAAAAAAAUGUACAACAACGUUGGGAACGGGAAAAAAUCUUUGAAGUUGAUGCUGCUCAGUUGAAAAAUGCUAACCAAGAGAAGUACAUGGUCACAUUUCCAUUUCCUUACAUGAAUGGAAGAAUGCAUUUAGGACACACAUUUAGUUUGUCCAAAUGUGAGUUUGCUGUUGGAUAUCAGCGCAUGCUUGGGAAAAAAUGUCUGUUUCCUUUUGGUAUGCACUGUACUGGGAUGCCAAUAAAGGCUUGUGCAGAUAAACUUCAGAGAGAGAUGGAGGAUUAUGGAUAUCCUCCACAAUUUCCAGCUGAGCAAGAUAUUCCUAAGCAAGAAGUCAAGGAAAGUGAGAUAGGAAAAGACAAAUCCAAGUCCAAAAAGAGUAAAGUUGCAGCAAAGACUGGGGGUCUCAAAUACCAGUGGCAGAUAAUGAGUGCUAUGGGAAUGACAGAUGAUGAAAUAAAAAACUUUGCUGACCCAAUGUACUGGCUCAAAUAUUUUCCACCAAGAUGGAUUACAGAUCUUAAGCGCAUGGGGGUUAAGGUUGAUUGGCGCAGAAGUUUCAUCACUACUGAUGCCAACCCAUACUUUGAUUCCUUUGUAAGAUGGAAUUUUUUGAGGUUAAGAGACAACAACAAAGUCAAGUUUGGCAAGAGGUACACCAUAUUCUCUCCAAAAGACAAUCAGCCUUGUAUGGAUCAUGACAGGAGCUCAGGGGAGGGCGUUGGUCCUCAAGAAUACACAUUAAUCAAAAUUAAGGUCAAGCAGCCAUAUCCCCCCAAACUGCAAUGUGUCAAGGACAAGAGUGUGUAUCUGGUUGCUGCCACUUUGAGACCAGAGACCAUGUUUGGCCAGACAAACUGCUGGAUCAGGCCAGACAUGAAAUACAUUGCCAUGGUAACCAAAUCUGGGGAGAUCUUCGUCACCACUCGAAGAGCUGCCAGGAACAUGAGUUACCAGGAUAUGACACCAGAGAAUGGGAAGGUGGAGGUGGUAGCUGAAUUCAUUGGGCAGGAUAUUUUGGGUAUCCCACUUGAAGCACCACUGACUUGUUACAAGACAAUCUACUCACUUCCGAUGCUGACCAUCAAGGAGGACAAAGGUACAGGUGUAGUGACCAGUGUUCCUUCAGAUGCUCCAGAUGACUUUGCUGCAUUAAGGGACCUCAAGAAUAAAGCACCACUAAGGGAAAAAUAUGGUAUAAAAGAUGAGAUGGUCAUACCAUUUGAACCAGUUCCAAUCAUUGAUGUGCCUGGGUACGGCAACUUGUGUGCUGUCACAGCAUGUGAUGUAUUUAAAGUUAGCAGUCAGAACGACAGAGACAAGUUGACUGAAGCUAAAGAAGACACCUACAAGAAAGGAUUCUAUGAAGGGGUUAUGUUGGUGGAAGGUUUCACUGGACAAAAAGUUCAAGAUGUGAAAAAGAUUAUCCAAGCACAACUAAUAGAAAAGAAUGAUGCUUUGCUGUACAAAGAACCAGAGAAGCUGGUAAUGUCAAGGUCUGGAGAUGAAUGUGUUGUUGCCUUGUGUGACCAAUGGUUUCUUGACUAUGGUGAGCCAACCUGGCGUGCACAAGCAGAGGAAGCUCUUUCAUCCAUGAACACUUAUUCAGAUGAAGUGCGCCACAAUUUCCUCUCCACUCUGGAUUGGUUACAUGAGCAUGCUUGCUCCCGCACAUAUGGGUUAGGCACCAAAAUGCCAUGGGAUCCCCAGUACCUGAUAGAAAGCUUGUCUGACUCAACUAUUUACAUGGCUUACUACACCGUCAACCAUUUACUACAAGGUGGAGUGUGGGAUGGUUCCAAGCCAGGCCCAGCCAAUAUCAAACCAGAAGAACUGACACCAGAGGUCUGGGAUUACAUAUUCUACAAGACAUCUCCUUAUCCUGCCUCCUGCACCAUACCUAAACAAACUCUGGACAAACUGAGAACAGAAUUUGAAUACUGGUACCCUGUUGAUGUCCGCAUGUCUGGCAAGGACCUAGUACCUAAUCACUUGACCUACUUCAUUUAUUGCCACUGUGCAAUGUGGCCAAAUGACAAAACCAAGUGGCCUCGCGCAGUAAGAGCAAAUGGACAUUUGUUGAUCAACUCAGAGAAGAUGUCCAAGUCAACUGGAAACUUUUGUACACUAGAAGAGGCUAUUGAUAAAUUUUCAUCUGAUGGUAUGAGGCUCUCCCUUGCUGAUGCCGGAGAUCAGAUUGAGGAUGCCAACUUUGAGGAGAAAAUGGCAGAAGCAGGUCUUCUACGUCUGUAUGCCUUCCAGGAGUGGGUGAAAGAAAUGAUAUCGGAAAAGGAGCAGCUGCGCUCCAGUGCUGAGUGGUCUUUCAAUGACAAGGUUUUUGAUAGUGAAAUAAACAAAUCUAUAAUGGAGACAAAAGCUAACUAUGAUAGUUAUUUGUUUAAAGCUGCCCUGCGGACAGGAUUCUUUGAAUUUCAGGCAAAAAGAGACAAAUACCGUGAGGUGGAGACCCAGGGUAUGCACAGAGACCUGGUGUUUAGGUUUAUUGAGGUUCAGGCUCUGCUCAUGGCUCCUAUAUGCCCUCACAUAGCUGAGCACAUCUGGGGGCUUCUUGGAAAGAAAGAAAGUAUAAUGUGGGCUCUUUGGCCAGAAGCUGGGCCAGUAGAUGAGCUUCUGAUCCAAUCAUCUCAGUACUUGUCUGAUUGUGCUCAUGAAUUCAGGUUAAGGAAAAAAGCUUUAAUGAACCCAGGAAAAGGAAAGAAAGCAGUUCAAGUUCCAACUCAUGCUAUCAUUUGGGUAGCCAAGACUUACCCCCCAUGGCAAAACUUGGUUUUGACAACCCUUCAACAGUUAUACCAGGCAAACAAAGGAUUCCCAGAUAAUAAGUUAAUAGCCCAGGAGUUGAAAGACAAGCCAGAGCUGAAGAAGUACAUGAAAAAACUGAUGCCUUUUGUACAAGUUGCUAAGGAAAAUGUAGAGAAAAAUGGAUUGAAAGCUUUGGCCUUGACCUCUGAGGUUAAUGAGGCAAAUGUUCUUGCAUUGAAUCAGUUGUAUUUAGCAAACACUCUAGAGAUUGAAGGAAUUGAGAUCUGCAAUUCUGUUGAUGCUGAUGACAAGGUUAAGGAAGAAUGUUGCCCAGGGAAACCCUUUAUAACAUUCAUAACAAAGCCAUCAGUUAAACUCAGCUUGAUGAACCCUCAACCUUUCAGCAGUAUGUUUGAGAUAACUCUAGAUAUUUUUGAAGGGGAUAUUACCACAAAAGUUAUCAACAGACUUUGUCUAACUGACAAAGCUAAAUUUAAGGAUUCCUCCAAAUUAAAGCUUUACAGGUUUGAUGAUGCUGAAGCUGGCUGGAGGAAAAUUCCUGACAUGACUAAAAUUUUGGAGAAUAAGACUUUAGUAUCAGACAGUGGAGUGUUUCAUAUAGACCAAGAAACUAACACUGUCAUUUUCUCAGACAAUGGCUCUAAAGUCCCCAUUGGACAAAAGAUGCUUUACUUGAUCAGCUGAGAGUAGUCCUCCCUGACUAUUUAGGCAUGGAAAGCCUUUCUAAUUAAUUAAAAAAAAAAAUUCCCUUUUAAUUUUAAUAUUUAAGUGUCUGAAAGUGUUUUUUUUUUGUGAAAAUAAAAUAUAGAUUC